AUGCUGUUUUACCGUUCUAUUCUCGGUUUGGCCACAAUCAUUACGGUUGUGGCUUCCACUGCAGUCGAAGAUGGGUGCAGUGCGUUGCUUUCCGAAUACCCUGACAGGACUUUCUUUCCUGGUUCGGAGCGAUACAAAUUUGAGAAUGAAUACUCGUGGACCUCGGCGACCUAUCUAGGCCCGUCUUGCAUCUUUGCACCACAGUGCACGGCGGAUGUACAGUUUGCGCUUCGUACCUUUCAAGAGAAUCAGAUCGAAUUUGCCAUUCGCGGCGGAGGUGCAAUGCCCAUCGACAACGCUGCCAACAUCGGGCCAGAGGGUAUCAUGAUGGCAAUGACGAAUCUAAGCAGCAUGGCCAUUGCGGAUGACCUCCAGACUGUUGUCAUUGGAGCGGGGGUCACUUGGCCUCCGCUGUAUGCCUACCUAGAUGAUUAUGGAUGCGUUCUUUCCAACGGAACAUUGGUCACAGCCAGUGCCGAUGAGAAUCCGGAUCUUUUGUGGGCCCUCGUGGGAGGCGGCAACAACUACUGUGUUGUCGUUCAAGCCGUCCUCAAUACUGUGCCGAUUUCCUCUGCUCUGAUCGGAACGGUUUCUUGGGGCCCCGGCGUUUCAGAGCAGUAUAUCAAGAGUGUCGAGCAGUUUGCCCUCCACGGCGCGGAAUACCCCAAGGCCUCCUUUGAGGGUCAAACCCGUUGGGUACCGUCUCGCAGUAGCGAAAUUUCAUUUGAUGGCUACCUUUGGUACAGCGGCGAGGGCGAUGUCCCUCUAGGGCUAGAGAAUUUCACCGCGCCCGUCCUUCCAAUCACAAGAGGGAACCUUACCCGAACCACCAUGGGCGAAUGGACUAAUUCAUUUGAAUAUGCUCCUUCUCUCGGCACCCGAGCAAUGUUUCACUGGUUGACUAGCGCUCCCAACGCUACAGCGGCAAGGAUCGCGUUCGACACUUACUUUGAGUCCAUUGCCUCACUAGCCGACGUCGAAGGGUUUUCGUCCACUUUCAGUAUGCUUCCAAUCACAUCCAUUGUGACAGCUGCUCCUGAGAAUGCCAUGGGGCUGGGCAACGACGACGGCCCGGCGAUUUGGUACGUUGAGAGCCCUCUGUGGUCGAACCCAGAAGACGACGAGCGCGUGAUUGCGGUCCACGCCGAAGCCAACGUCAAGAUUCGAGAAAAUCUUUCCGCUGCCGGGCUUGGACCACUCCCGUUCAUGUAUCUCAGUGACAUACAAAAGGCACAGAUUCCUGAGACUUACCCAGCCUAUGGAGCCGAGAAUCUGAAACGACUGAAGGAGAUAAGGGACAAAUAUGAUCCUGACCGGGUUUUUACUGACCUUGUUCCCGGAGGUGCCAAGGUCGCUCUGUCUUGA